AUGUUUGUUCUCUUCUUAUGCAAUCUUUCCUUGGUACCAGCGGCUGCUUCAAAGAAUAAAGUUAAAGGCAGCCAAGGGCAGUUUCCACUCACGCAGAAUGUAACGGUUGUUGAAGGCGGAACUGCAAUUUUGACCUGCAGGGUUGAUCAAAAUGAUAACACCUCCCUCCAGUGGUCAAAUCCAGCUCAACAGACUCUGUACUUUGAUGACAAGAAAGCCUUAAGAGACAAUAGAAUUGAGCUGGUUCGGGCUUCCUGGCAUGAACUGAGUAUCAGCGUCAGUGAUGUCUCUCUGUCUGAUGAAGGACAGUACACCUGUUCUUUAUUCACAAUGCCUGUCAAAACUUCCAAGGCCUAUCUCACUGUCCUGGGUGUUCCUGAGAAACCUCAAAUUAGUGGAUUUUCAUCCCCAGUUAUGGAAGGAGACUUGAUGCAGCUGACUUGUAAAACAUCUGGUAGUAAACCUGCAGCUGAUAUAAGAUGGUUCAAAAACGACAAAGAGAUUAAAGAUGUAAAAUAUUUAAAGGAAGAGGAUGCAAAUCGCAAGACAUUCACUGUCAGCAGCACACUGGAUUUCCGAGUGGACAGAAGUGAUGAUGGCGUGGCAGUCAUCUGCAGAGUAGACCAUGAAUCUCUCAAUGCCACCCCUCAGGUGGCCAUGCAGGUGCUAGAAAUACACUAUACACCAUCAGUUAAGAUUAUACCAUCCACUCCUUUUCCACAAGAAGGACAGCCUUUAAUUUUGACUUGUGAAUCCAAAGGAAAACCACUGCCAGAACCUGUUUUGUGGACAAAGGAUGGUGGAGAAUUACCAGAUCCUGACCGAAUGGUUGUGAGUGGUAGGGAGCUAAACAUUCUUUUCCUCAACAAAACGGAUAAUGGUACAUACCGAUGUGAAGCCACAAAUACAAUUGGCCAAAGCAGUGCAGAGUACGUUCUCAUUGUACAUGAUGUUCCCAACACUUUGCUUCCCACUACUAUCAUCCCCUCCCUUACCACUGCAACAGUCACAACCACUGUAGCCAUAACAACCUGCCCAACCACAUCUGCAACCACCAGCAACAUAAGAGAUCCCAAUGCUCUGGCUGGCCAGACUGGCCCUGAUCAUGCUCUAAUAGGAGGAAUUGUGGCUGUAGUUGUAUUUGUCACUCUAUGUUCUAUAUUUUUGCUUGGACGAUAUCUGGCAAGACAUAAAGGAACAUAUUUAACAAAUGAAGCUAAAGGAGCGGAAGAUGCCCCAGAUGCUGACACAGCCAUUAUCAAUGCUGAGGGCAGCCAAGUCAAUGCUGAAGAAAAAAAAGAAUAUUUCAUUUAA